AUGGGAGAAAGCAAUAAAUCUUUACGGAUAGAUUGGUUCGACGGUUCAGUUACUGAAGAGACAAGACCAAAUACAUCUUUUAGAAAUGAAGAAAAUUCUAUACCGCCUCCAACUAAACCUCAAGAAAGAGAAAAGAAACACAUAGGCUUUAAACGGCUGCUCGACAUCACAUAUCUAAAACCUCCUAUAUUAAAUUUAGAACUUUCUAAUCGACCAGGAUUUUGGCUUCUUUUCAAUUCGGAAAUAAAAGAUGAUUUUAUUGUUUUGAUAACAAAAGUUAUUGCGACAGUUUACAAUUCAUUGGAGCCGACAGACAGAACAAAAAUUGUUAACUUGUUGAGAAAUAAAUUUGAAAAAUCUGACUUCUUGAUUAAAUUGAAGAAUUAUUUACAUGGAUUACCAAGUGUUAGAUUGGUUGACAAGAGAAUGAAUAUGCAAUUUUGGAACGACGUAGAGGGUUUUUACUUUCAAGUUUAUGAGCUGUGUAAGGCUAUGUUUAAUUUUGGUGUAAACAGUAAGACUUUACAAGAGCUAUAUGAUUUGUUGGAAGUAUCAGAACUAAGUGCCUUAGGAGUGCAGGAAGAGCAUAUGGAACCUAUUCGUGAAAAUUUUUAUGAACAAGUCAAUGACUUAAAAAUGGAUAUAUCAAAAGCAAUAAAAAAUAAUACGAAACAACCUACUGAGAAACCAAUAAGCAGUGAUCCUCAUAAUUUCAGAAACUUAAACAUAUUUCCGUCCAAAGAUGACUUACUUGAGUUAAGUAAUGUUAAAAUUGUACCGCAUAUAGUAAAUGGUGCAUAUCCAUCCGUUGAACAUUACUUGGAUUUGCAAUUUAAACUGUUAAGAGAAGAUUGUUUUGGUCCACUGAGAGAAGGCAUAAGUAAAUAUCUAGCAAAUCCUUUGAAAAGAAAAUAUGAAAAUAUAAGAGUGUAUCCAAAAGUGCGCUUAAUCCGAGCAUAUGUGAGCAAUAAUAAAGUUGGUCAUUUAGUGGACAUAGCUUGGACUGAGAGAGUAUCAAACAUUUCGGUUGACUACAGGAAAUGUGCUUACAAUAAACGACUAAUGUAUGGAUCAUUAUUAUUAUUCACAUCUGAUAAUUUCCAGAAUAUUCUAUGUGCUUCUGUAUUGGAUUCUAGUUUGGAUCUCUUGAGAUCUGGAUAUGUUGCUGUAUCCUUUCAAAGUUCAAUAUCAAGCAGUGUGUAUUCUGAAAAGUUUCUUAUGGUUGAAAGUGAAGUAUUCUUUGAGCCAUAUCACCGAGUAUUAAAAGUCUUACAGGAGUACAAUGAUGUUAUACCCAUGAAGAAAUAUAUUAUUGAUGUGCAGCCAGAAUCAAAUCCUCCGGCUUACCUGAAAGAAAACACUACAUAUACAAUCAAAGAUCACAAGUCACAACAGAUAUCUUUUCCAGUACUUAAUGCAGAUCAGUGGCCAACUUUGGAAGCAUUUGGGCUUGAUCAAUCACAGUUCAAUGCCUUUAAAUUCGCUUUGACAAGAGAGUUUGCUGUCAUACAAGGCCCACCUGGUACUGGAAAAACGUUUUUAGGUGUCAAAAUCGCUUCUACCCUACUCAAAAAUCUCUCUUUCCAAAACAACCCGAUGCUAAUAAUUUGCUACACCAAUCACGCCCUUGAUCAAUUCCUAGAAGCCAUCCUAAUUAUAACCAAGAACAUUGUUAGAUUGGGAAGUCAGAGCAAAAGUAAAUUAUUAGAGCCAUACAACAUAAAUAAUCUUAGAAUAAAAACUAAAUCGAAAUAUUCGUAUCUAUUCUCAAAGAAACGUACUGAAAUUGAGGGUAUAUUCAAAAAAAUGACAGAUUUGCAAACAGUGAUCGAGAAAUGUGAGAAAGAAGUGCUCUGUUAUAAAAGUAUAAAGAAAUAUCUUAAAAUUGGUGAAGUACUACAUGAAUUGAACACAUGUGUUGAAGAUGGAAUCUUAGACUGGCUCUUUGAAACAAAUAAUUCAAAAGAACAUAUAGAUGAUUGGGAGAAGUUACUAGAAUGUGACGAUGAAAUAGAAACAUGUUUCUCAGAAGAAUAUGCAUUGAAACAGAUAGAUACUAUGAAUGACAGUAUAAAGUAUUUAAAGGAAAACAGUGAUCAAAUCAAAAGAGAUAAUGCUAUUGAGAAAUUCCAAAAUCUUAUAUCCAAAAUGAAAAAUAGAUUAGAAACUUUCAAGAAAUAUAUGGUUUCUGCAAGACUAUAUGGAAAUCUUGAUGUUCCUAAUGUCAAUGAUUUAUAUGAACUCAGCCAAGAUGACAGAUGGAAAUUAUACUUCAAAGCUGUUGACGGAGUUAAAAGUGAAUUAACUGAGAAGAUGAACCGUUUGAUAACAGAGCACAGCGCGUGUAGUGAAGAGUUAUCUGAAGUCAGCACCCUCAUAGAUGAAGAGGUGUUGGGAUGUGCGAGGGUUGUGGGCAUUACUACCAGUGGGGCGGCCAGCAGACACCGGCUUAUGGAUAAACUGGGGUGUAGUGUGGUUAUUGUUGAAGAAGCAGCUGAAGUAUUAGAGGCGCAUAUUGUUGCUUCACUUACACACAAGUGUGAACAUCUCAUACUGAUUGGAGACCAUAAACAACUGAGACCAUCAACAGCCCAUUACAUCUUAGGAAAGAAAUACAAUCUAGAAAUAUCUCUGUUUGAACGAAUGAUAAGAAAUCAAAUACAUUCGGUCACUCUAACAACUCAGAGGCGAAUGAGGAGAAACUUCGUUGAACUAUUGGUUCCCGUGAUCUACGAUAGAUUGGAUAGUUUUAAUGUAGAUUAUCCGAAAGUUAAGGGAAUGAAGGACAAUUUGUACUUUUUUAAUCAUACUGUCUGGGAAGAUACUGAGGGUCUUGAAGACAGUUGGAGCCAUAAAAACUCUUUCGAAGCGAAGUGGUGUGUUUCACUAGCAACCUACUUGAAAAGAAUGAAAUAUGACAGCGCAGACAUAACAAUACUCACAACAUAUACUGGACAAAUGAAUCUUAUUAGGGAGAUGGCGUCAAAAUAUCAUCUAAGUAACGUCAAAGUGGUAGUUGUAGACAAAUAUCAAGGCGAGGAGAGCAGGAUAGUUAUAUUAUCAUUAGUGAGGAGCAACAGAGACGGAGAUAUAGGAUUCCUUAAUGCCAGGAAUAGGAUAUGUGUGGCGCUAUCUAGAGCCAAAGAAGGUUUCUACAUCUUCGGUAACAUGAAUGUUCUAGAAAAAGCGAGUUCAACAUGGCGUCAAAUUCACGAGAAAUUGAAAAUACAGAAAGCUAUAGGAAACAAAAUGACAGUUAUGUGUGACAUCCAUGGAAACACACUUGAUAUAAGAUCUGCGGCGGAUAUGGAUAAUUGCUUGGACGGUUCCUGUCUGAGAAACUGCAAAGAAUAA